AUGCUUAAUCUGCGGGCAGCGACAAGACAGUUUACCCCAGAGGUGCGAGAGCCUGGGAUGUGGAUCUGGAGGGUGGAGAAGAUGAAGGCUGUGCUUCUUGAUUCAUUGCAGCAGGGUAUCUUCUACAACGGAGAUGCAUACAUUGUCCUCAGCAACUGGGGCAAGAAUGGAAGUGACCUGCACAUGUGGAUGGGUGAAAAGUCAUCACGGGAUGAGCAGGGUGCUUGUGCCAUGCUUGCCACUCAAUUAGACAGCUACUUGGGUGGAGAGCCAGUACAACACCGACAGGUGCAAGGCUACGAGUCACCUGAAUUCAUGAGACUCUUUCCGAAAGGAGUCAGCUACAAGGAGGGAGGGGUGGAGUCCGGAUUCAAGAGUGCCAGGUCCAGGAUUGGCCCAGUUACUCAUCUGUAUCAGGUCAAAGGAAAGAAAAACAUUCGAGCCAGAGAGGUGGAGCUUAGCUGGGGGAGCUUCAACAAAGGAGACUGUUUUGUACUUGAUAUAGGAGAGACCAUAGUCGCAUGGAGCGGUUCCAAAGCCAACAUGUUUGAGCGACAGAAGGUCCGUGAGAUUGCAAUGCUGAUCAGAGACACAGAAAGGAAUGGAAAAUCUCACAUCAUUGAUGUGACGGAAGGAGAGGAACCACUAGAGAUGGUUCAGGUGCUUGGUCCAAUCCCAGCUCUGAAGGACAGCACAACAGAAGAAGACACUGAAGCAGACAUUUCUAAUUCUGCUUCACUUUUCAAGGUGUCUAAUGCAACAGGCCAAAUGACCUUGACAACACUGUGUGAUAGAGGACCUUUCGGUCAAGAGCUGUUGGGGAAGGAUGACUGCUUCAUACUAGACAAUGGGUCUAAUGGGAAGAUCUAUGUUUGGAAAGGGAAUGGCGCCAAUGCAGAGGAGAAGAGAGUUGCCCUGAAGGUGGCAGAUGAGUUUAUCACAAAAAUGAACUAUCCCAGGAUGAGAACACAGGUGGAAAUUCUUCCUCAAGGCCGUGAAUCUGUCCUCUUCAAACAGUUUUUCAAGAGCUGGAGUUAAAUACACAUACCAAGAUAUGGGGUGCAUAGAAACUGUGACUAAUUUUGUAUAA